AGAGAGAGAGAGAGAGAAAGAGAAAGAGAAAGAGAAGGGUUUCCUGAAUUGUCUGUGGGACGGCUGCCAGCUUCCUUGCAGCGCGGAGCUUUUACAGGACCUGCCUCCCUGACUGAUCGGAGACCAUCCCCGGUGAGGGACGGGACGGGGGGGAGUUUCUUCCAGCCCGGCUUCACCUCCGCUCUCUGUGGUUUCUCUCUCAGCCGCUGGGGAAGUGCGUUCACUGCAGGGGCAUGUACGCACCCGAGUCAGGACUCUGAGCAUCACUCUGUGCCCUGGGAUGGCGGUGAAGGUGCAGCUGGCCAUCCUCUGCCUGUUGUGGGUGUCCGUGCCGCGGGCUGCCUGCUGGUGGGACUGGCUCAGAGGGGGGACGAGGAAGACCACCACCACCAUCGCCCCGGAGCCCAGCUCCCCCCCGGCCAUGGCGCAGACAGACUCGGCGAGCCUCGACCCCUCCCUACCGGGCACCGGACCCCAGGAGGGCGUGGGGAGCGGGAGGGGAGCCGGCGGAGGCGACCUCGCCGGGGUGGGAGCCAGGAUACUGGACGUGGCGGAAGGCAUUCAGGACCUGCUGCGGACCUGGGACCAGAGAGGCAAUGGGACGGAGGGGCCGGGGGAGGCACCGCCCACCAGAUGGACGGCAGGACCAGAGAAGGUUGAGGGACACGAGGCCGGUGCGCUCACUGCCCCGUCUGCACCCAACGGAACAACGUCUGCAGAGACUGCAAACCAGACUUACACCGCAGUGGAAACCCUGACCCCCUCACCCACCCCUCCCUCAUCCAUUUCCUCCUCCUCCUCCUCCCCCCCCUCGUCCAAUUCUUCCUCCCCUCCUUUGUCCUCACCCACCCCACCCUCAUCUGAUUCCUCCUCCCCUCCCUCCCCCUCAUCCUCACUCCUCGCCCCUUCACCCAUCCCCUCAUCCUCAUCCAACACCUCCCGGCCCGGCGUCUCCUCAACUCCCCCCUCCACCAAUCAGCAGCCGGGGUCGGCUGGCCUGCCAGUGGCCACGCACCCGUCGGAAGGCCCGUUGCCGAGGAGGCCCUGCGGCUCUCGCUGUCCAGAUGACGACCACUCUGUGUCUCUGCUCCAGUUGAUAGGAGACCCUCCUCCUCAACAGAUAACUGUGAUGUAUGAUUCUGACCUGAACCCAGCCUACAAGUUUGGGCCAGAUGUGAACACUGGGCAACAGGCCAGAGCCCACUUCCAAAACCCCUUCUUCCGCGACUUCUCGCUCCUCUUCACGAUAAAGCCGACGUCCACCAAGAGUGGUGUCCUCUUUGCUAUCACGGACGCCAAGCAGACCAUCAUCUACGUUGGAGUUAAGCUCUCAGAGGUCGAGAACGGACACCAGAGAAUCAUUUUCUAUUACACUGAGCCUGGAUCACAACAGUCCUACGAGGCAGCCACUUUCUGGGUGGAGCAGCUGACCAACAAGUGGACCAAGUUCGCCAUAAGCGUGGAAGAUGACAUGGUCUCCCUCUACAAGGACUGCAAGGCACACGGGCACACCCAAUUUGAAAGGUCACCGGACGAAAUGGAGAUCGAUGACUCCUCCGGCGUCUUUGUUGCCUUGGCUGGUGGUGCAGAUCCCGAUAAGUUUUUGGGUUUGAUUGAAGAUCUGAAAAUAAAAGGAGAUCCUCGGGCAGCACAGUCCUACUGUGAAGAGGACGAUGAUGGGGAGGCUUCUGGAGAUUUUGGGAGUGGAUAUGGAAGAGGAAUUCAAACGGUGACCCCUCCUUCAUACCGUCCCCCAGAGCACCCACCGGUUCACCCACCCCCCACCAGCAGAGAGAGAACUGUGUCACCGCGGCCAGUCCAUGAGUCCGUCAAAUGGACAGCUGUGGCGGAGGGAGGUGAGAGGAGGAGCCAGGAGACGCACAGCCCAAAAGGUGACAGAGGCUUGAGUGUUGGAGCAGUCACCACAAUCAAAGGAGAAAAGGGUGAUAGAGGCGAUCCCGGAGAAAAGGGCACAGCUGGAUUUGGAUAUCGAGGGCCCAAGGGGGAGAAAGGAGACCCAGGGGUUCCUGGACCUCCUGGUCCCCUGGCAACGGUCCGGGAUCGCGGUGACAGUCUUGCACUGGAACAGAACUUUGGUCUUCAAGGUCCCCCUGGGCCCCCUGGGCCCCCUGGGAGAGAUGGGGAGCCGGGUGAUCCUGGUGAAGAUGGAAAACCAGGUGAGAUCGGUCCUCAAGGUUUCCCAGGAACUCCCGGUGACCAAGGACCUAAAGGAGAUAAGGGUGACCCAGGGAUUGGAAUCGAAGGACCAAGAGGACCUCCUGGACCACCUGGACCUCCGGGCCCCUCUGCCAGGACAGACAAACUCACAUUUAUCGACAUGGAAGGAUCGGGAUUUGAAGGUGACCUGGAAACCUUUCGGGGCCCUCCAGGACCUCGCGGACCACCUGGUGUUCCUGGGCUCCCAGGUCGGCCUGGUGUCUUUGGUGGGAAUAACACGGGGCUGCCUGGAGCACCUGGCAUACCCGGAAUUCCAGGACCUCCUGGGAAUCCCGGGCCAAUGGGGCCCCCUGGUCUACCAGGAAGGCACGGUGAGCCUGGUCUACCAGGCGAGAAGGGACUGCCGGGUGAGCCUGGUGAUUUGGGUCUUCCAGGAGCUCAAGGUGCUAAGGGUUCACCUGGCAGUGUUGGGCCUCCAGGUCAGCCUGGUUUAGCCGGCUUGCCUGGACCAAUGGGACCUCGAGGACCUCCAGGACCUCCCGGACCACCCGCUUCCGGCUUCUCCGCUGGAUUUGAUGAUGCAGAAGGAUCUGGAUUUCCAGUAAUUCCAGGAGUACCAGGGAAUCGAGGGUUGGAAGGAAUUCAGGGAAUCCCGGGAAUACCUGGACAACCUGGAGUUCCUGGACAAAAGGGUGAGCCAGGCCCCAAAGGAGAACAGGGAAUUCCAGGGGCCCCAGGAUAUCCAGGAGAAACUGGGUUGAAGGGAUUACCUGGUCCUCAGGGUCCAAAGGGUGCUAAAGGAGACCCAGGCAUGAAGGGCGAGGCUGGCAGAGAUGGCGUGGGAUUGCCUGGCCCACCUGGUCCUCCAGGAUACGUGUAUGGUCGUGGCAACAUGGUCGAUGGGCUUCCUGCUGUACCUGGAGGAGAGGGUCCCAGAGGUCCCAAAGGUGACCGUGGAGAUGCAGGUCCUCAGGGUUCGGUUGGGCCAAAGGGUGAGAAAGGAGAGCCUGGCUACAUCACCGGCCUUGACGGAGCCACAUUGAAUAACUUGCUUUCCAGAAGUGCUGACCUGAAGGGCGCGCCUGGUGUUCCUGGACCCAUGGGCCCACAGGGCAUCCCAGGGUAUCCUGGUCGAAAAGGUGAAAUUGGUUUGCCAGGACGACCGGGUCGUCCUGGGAUAAAUGGACUAAAAGGGGAAAAGGGCGAGGCAGGAGACUUCAGCAGUAGUUAUGGAUUCCGGAGUAUUCCAGGUCCUCCAGGACCCCCAGGACCUCCUGGACCACCCGGUCUACCGGCGUCAGCCUUUGACAAUAAUGUGUUUGGUGCAGGAGCUGUCCCCUACCCUGGACUUCUUGGACCACCAGGUCCUAAAGGAGACCGAGGCAGCCCAGGUCAUCCGGGCUCUCGAGGAGAGAAGGGGGAAGUGGGCCCGCCUGGAAUGCCAGGCCCACCCGGAAUUGUUCCAUACGAUGUGUACGAGUAUCACUCUGGGGGCAAGGGGGAGAAGGGAGAGCGAGGCAACAUGGGGCAGAAGGGAGAGAAGGGGGCGCCAGGCGAUGGUUAUGGUUCGGGGAUGCCUGGUCCGGCAGGACCUCCUGGACCCCCAGGAAGACCAGGGCUUCAGGGGCCAAAAGGAGACAGUAUUGUUGGACCCAGAGGACUACCAGGCAAUCCAGGACCCCCAGGUUACAGCUACCCAGGACCUCCCGGUCCCCCAGGACUUCCUGGCGCACCUGGGCUGCCUGCAUCUGGUGUAUCAUCGGGGCAACAGACAACAAGUAUUGUCGGCCCACCUGGUCCCCCUGGUCCUCCUGGCCCCCCAGGAUCUUCAACGUCACCAUCUGGGGUUACAGUCCUACAGACCUACCAAACAAUGCUCAGUAUCUCUCGAAGUCUACACGAGGGAACACUGGCUUACAUCUUGGAACGUGGAGAGCUGUAUAUCCGAGUGAGGGAUGGCUGGCGGCAGGUUUACCUUGGAGAGUAUAUUCCUUACCUUGGAGGUGGAAUCGUUGAAAACAAAGUGGAGGCGGUGGGAUCCCCGCCAGUGGUGCAGUAUUCAGGACAGCGGGAAUCCUCGUCAGAUACAGUGGUUUCCAAGGAUCCGGAGGACCGCAAACCCCAGUCGGAGCGACCAACGGACACCCACCCGCAUAGAACACCCCACCGGCAUCCAGAUCUGCCGAAGCCCCUCCACCCCCACCAUCAGCACGUCCUGAGAAGGCCAACGACCACCACCCCUCCCCGCUCAGCUGAACCUCCGAGGGUGAACCACCGUGGCCCCUCCCACCGACCCCACAUCACUCCCUCCAUCCAUGCCGACCGGCUGCAUGGGGUGCCAAUGUUGCAUCUCAUGGCUCUCAACACACCUCUCACGGGCAACAUGCAGGGGAUCCGCGGGGUGGACUUCCAGUGUUUCCAGCAGGCGCGUGGAGUGGGACUGAUGGGCACGUUCAGGGGCUUCCUCUCGUCCCGGCUACAGGACCUGUACAGUGUGGUCCGGCGUGCUGACAGGAACUCGGUGCCGAUCGUAAACGGCAGGGGAGAGGUGCUGUUUGAUAGCUGGAGCUCACUCUUCACUGGAUCUCAAGCUCCCUUCAAAUCUUCUGCUGCCAUCUACUCCUUUGACGGACGAGAUGUACUUCGGGACCAGGCCUGGCCUGAGAAGUCAAUCUGGCAUGGCUCAGACACCAAGGGACGGCGCCUGGCAGACAGUUACUGUGAGGCCUGGAGAGAAGACAAGGAUGACAUGAAGGGCAUGGCUUCGUCCCUGCUCAGCGGCCGGCUCCUGGAACAGCGGCCCAGCCCCUGCUCCAAACCCUUCAUCAUCCUCUGCAUCGAGAACAGCUACCUGCCGCACUCCCGGAAGUAACGUCCCGCCCUCCCCACCCCUCCCCGAUCUGUGGAGAGAGUUUUCCCCUGGUGCUGGUGGCGAAACACAUUUUCUGUACAGUUGUAAUUUUUUUCGAAACAAUUUUUUUUAAGAAGAAAAGAUGGAAGAAAAGAAAAAAAACCAAAGAGGUUGGUUUUUUAAAAAAAAAUUAAAAAGCCGCUCAUGGUGGUUUCUCGGCAUGCACUGGGUGUGUCCUUGAAGUGCCCCAGAUGAUGCAAGUGUCAAUGUGUACAUGUAACGAUUAAUAUUUGUAUAUGGAAUGUUUGUGCAAGCCAAUGUAUUUUUUUUUAACUUGCUGCUUCUGAAAGUUAGUCUUAUCAGAUUCCUUUUCUAAUUCAUUCCCUUAUUUUUGCAGAAUCAUUCAGUUUUUUAUACAAACAUGGAAAAUUGCAUGUAGAACUAUAUAGGCUGGUCUAGAAUAUGUCUUUGAUCAUUUGAAUUUGAAACCGUUAUGACAGUGUUUUGCUUUAUGCAUUGCAUACCCAUGAAUAGGCACACACAUAGGUAUAUGCACACACACACACACACACACACACACGCAGAUAUAAACAUACUGCACUAAAGAUGUCUGUCUCCUGGUGUUGAUAUGCUGGGGCCUUCUUUCCCCAGCUCAUCUUCGUGGGACUUAGUGGGGUUCCAUCAUUUCUCAGAGAAAGCCAGGAGAGAGAGCCUGAGGAGUACUCUGCUCCAUUGGUCUCACCUUCCUGGUGCUGAGGUGAGGUUGGCUGUCCUGGGGAAGGAAGGUAGAGCCACCAGGAACUAAGUGGAAGACAAAGGGAGGGAGGAGAGGAGAGGAAGGACACAAAGUUCAUUCAGCCCAUUCACUCCCAGCAGUCCGUCCAUCAUCACGUCAGGUUGUUCCUUAAACCAGCACUCCUGAGCCUUUGCCUUUAAGUGACGCACAGAUGCUUAUGUUGAAACCUUAGUGGCCACAUCGAAAGCCUUCAGUCUACACUCCAGUUAUUCGACACGUACAUUAUAUGUCGUUGAUACAAGUAGAUUUUGGUGUUUUAAUUUGAUGAAACCUCAGGCCUAGAAACUCAAAACGUGGUACAGCAACAUGUCAAAUAAUAUGUGCACCACUGGGACCUGGUUAUGUCGGCUGCAGGACACAGAACAUCAGGGGUUGCACCUGGGAGACACUCCUACCCAAAAUAGCUCUUUAGCAAUGACUGCCUUUAUUUAGAAGACCCUUCCUCGUGAGUUUGGUAAAACUCAGAAAUCGCAAGCAAAUGGCAAACAUCUGAGAGAGGGAGGGGCAGUAAAUUCUGAGUCAUUCCCACAGGUGAAAGGUCAAUGAAGAUAAAACUUUGUCCUUACCUAGGUCUCACUCUGCCCCACAGUUUCUAAUGUAUUUCUUUAAUAAAAGGAUGGAUGACAUUUGAGGAUUCAAAACACAUAUUCCCAGGUAAUUCUCUGCAGAUUUUUGCUGAAAGUAAGGGCAUUCAUUCAAGUGAUUGGCCAGCACUGCAGAACAACCCAGAAACCAUCAGCACUUUUACAUCUGAGGGCAUUGAAAAAGAGGUGCUUUAUGUUGUCAACUACAAACAAUGCUCUCAGCCUGGUUAAACUACCUCUGAAGCUGCCUUUGUCCCACCAACAGGGUUAGUUAGAUGACUGGAAUUAACUAAAGCCAAGGUACAAUGCAGUGGAUGCAACUGUUCUGGUGAUGUGGGAGCCUGGAUCAAUAACACAGAGGACAGGACCUUCAAUCCCAUUCUGUGAUUUUGAAUUAUGUCACAAAGAUCUGGGACCCGACAACAUGAAGCUGGUCUCUCCAAGGGUGACCAGGAGCUUAUUGGUUGAGGCCAACAGGUCAAGUGAUGUCCUUUAGGGGCAGGAACCUGCCAUCCUCACCAGGCCUGGCCAACAUGUGACACCAGGAAGAAAAUGUCCACCCUUGCCAGUUGCUGCAAUAAGGGAUGUCCAUACCCUGAGAGUGGACAAUAAAUGGGAAAGGGCAUUCUCCUCCUUGCACCAGUUAUUUUGCCACAGUCUGCCUCCUUUUGAGUGACGUGGUGUUCCAUCUUUGUUCUUGGAGCACCUUCAGUCUUCUCAAACCUGCUUCGUUGCACACCCAACAAUUGUCCUUGCUCUCCCUCCGUAGCCUCAAUCACAAGCGUCCACCCUUCCUGCCCCCCUCCCCCCAAAACAUACAUUGCUAACACCAAAUUAAAGCCAGAAUUGCAGCAACUCUCUGACACAGAAGAGGAUUUUGCAGGGAACAUUUUUGUUCCUGUUAAACCCAGUGGUGAGGAGGCAGUCUAAGGUUGGAUCUGGUCCUUGCUUUACAUCACAUCCCACUGAGCACAGUGUAUGGUGAACUCAGUGAAUUCCUCCAGCAGUUUGUCUUUUUUUGCUCCAGAUUCCAGCACCUGCAGUCUCUUAUGUCUCCCUGUUGGAAGAUGAAGCUCAUGUUGGCAAAAAAAAAAUCCAUCCACUUUUUUCAAAUGAGCGAAUAUUCUCCCCACCAAUACCGAAUCAUGUUCAGUUUCUCCAGUGCUGGCCUAAGCGCUCCACCACACUGUGCAGUUUAACUAGCUAACUUUGUACGUGGAGCAUUUGGUUGGUUGUCAGGAAGAGGUCCAUGCUGGCUGAUCUCUGAUUGGUUAUAUUAGCCCAAUGGCAAGAUUAGUUUGAGGUUUACCUGGAGGCUACUUCUGCUCACUUGAACCCCUCACCUCACAUUGUCCAUUCAACCAUACACAUCCAUGUUACACCAAUCAGAAAGCAAAUAGACUCAGUAUUACCCAAUUAGAUGUUGCUUGAGUGCUUAUUCUCCCAAUACUCCCAUUGGCCAGUCAAUCAUACAUAUCCAUGGUACACCAGUCAGAAAGCAAAAAAACUCCGUAUUACUGAAUGGGCAUCGCUUCAGUGUUUAUUCUCCCACUUUUGGUAUUUUUAUAGCCAAUAGAAGUUUUUAACAAAAUAUAUACUAUUGUUCUUUAACUUUCCUCCUAAGUCAAGAAUUUGAGUUCCAUUUUUAAUUCCUGAAGACCUUGGACAAUCCUGGAAGGUUGUCUCUUCUAUUCACUCAGCACUUGAGUCAACCUGGCAGGAAAAGUUGGGGUGGGUGUGUUUGCUCAUCCCCAUUUAAGCACGGUCUGCUUUACUUCUCUUCCAAUGUCUACAAACCAUUGAUGGUUAAAUUGAAUAUUUACUUAUGUGUGUGUAUGUAACUGCAUUACACGUUGGCACCAGAGAAUUAAAAACCUGAUUAUUUUGGAAAGCCUGGUGAUGUAUAAGCUCAUUUGACAAUUUUGUGCAAUUUGAGCACUUUUUUUUAAACUGCCUCAGUUUCCUUCUUGCUCCAAGGGCCACUUGUUCCAGAUUACCAAGGGCAGCCUUUGACUGUUGGUGUAAAUGACGAAGAAUGAUACUUAGCCUGCUGAACACUUACCUAAAGGCACAAUUAAUUUACCAGUGGUCUCUGCUAAAGUGCUGCCACUCGAUGCAAACUUAAAACUCUUGGGGUCUGCACUACAUUUUGUGUCAAAACAUGAAAGCGCUAUAAUUAAAACCUGUGAAUGUGUACGGCACAUCGUGUAGCUUUCUGUAACCUUGAAGCUCUCUAAACACUUCUCCCAGAGUACUGAAUAAAGAUUAUAAAGUUCUCU